GCAGCCAAAACGGGUCUGCCGGUGUGGAUGUUGGGGUUGGCCGCCGAUCGGUUGCUAGCAGACGCGAACCGUCUGCUCGCAUUCCUCUUCCACCAGGGGAUACUCGACGAGCAAUUCUUGCGGCUCCAACAACUGCAAGAUGAAUCGUCGCCAAACUUCGUGUCGGAAGUCGUCAACAUUUAUUUCCACGAAUCGGAGAAGCUCCUGAGGAACCUCAGAUCAUUGCUGAUGGAUAGAGAGUUCUCGGAUUACAGUAAGAUGGGAAUCCAUUUGAAUCAGUUCAUGGGGAGCAGCUCGAGCAUUGGUGCUAAAAGGAUAAGAAAUGUCUGCGUCGCGUUUCGAGCCGCUUCUGAGCAGAACAACCGUGCUGGGUGCCUGAAAGCAUUAGAGCUGCUAGAACAUGAGUAUUGUUUCCUCAAGAAUAAAUUGCAUGAACUCUUCCAGAUACAGCAGCAAAGAGUGCUAGCUGCUGGUGCAAGAUACCCAAUGCAGAACUAA